CACCCAGGUGCCAGCGGACUGCACAUCUGUGUGGAGCUGCGACCCAACACGGAGUCUGCACUGAAAGGGGCACACCUGACCAGCACACCUUCAUCUCCCCAGGAAAGGCAGCCACAAAGAGGACGCAAUGGCCUGGUGGAAAGCCUGGAUUGAACAGGAGGGUGUGUCAGUGAAGGGCAGCCCCCACUUCAACCCAGACCCGGAUGCAGAGACCCUCUACAAAGCCAUGAAGGGCAUCGGGACCAACGAGCAGGCCAUCACCGACGUACUCACGCGGAGAAGCAACGAGCAGCGGCAGCAGAUUGCCAAGUCCUUCAAGGCUCAGUUCGGCAAGGACCUCACCGAGACCUUGAGCUCAGAGCUGAGUGGCAAGUUCGAGAGACUCAUCACGGCCCUCAUGUGUCCGCCAUACAGAUACGAAGCCAAGGAGCUGCACGAUGCCAUGAAGGGCUUAGGAACCAAAGAGGGCGUCAUCAUCGAGAUCCUGGCUUCCAGAACCAAGAACCAGCUGCGGGAGAUAAUGAAGGCCUAUGAGGAGGAAUACGGGUCCAGACUGGAGGAAGACAUUCAGGCAGACACGAGCGGCUACCUGGAGAGGAUCCUGGUGUGCCUCCUGCAGGGCAGCAGGGAUGACGUGAGUGGCUUCGUGGACCCUGGACUGGCCCUCCAAGAUGCACAGGAUCUGUAUGCAGCUGGCGAGAAGAUUCACGGGACAGACGAGAUGAAAUUCAUCACCAUCCUGUGCACACGCAGCGCCACGCACCUGCUGAGAGUGUUUGAGGAAUAUGAGAAAAUUGCCAACAAGAGCAUUGAAGACAGCAUCAGGAGUGAGACGCACGGCUCGCUGGAGGAGGCCAUGCUCACCGUUGUGAAGUGCACCCGGAACAUCCACAGCUACUUUGCGGAGCGGCUUCACUACGCCAUGAAGGGAGCAGGGACACGUGAUGGGACCCUGAUAAGAAACAUCGUUUCAAGGAGCGAGAUUGAUUUGAAUCUGAUCAAGGGUCAGUUCAAGAAGAUGUAUGGCAAGACCCUCAGCAGCAUGAUAAUGGGAGACACCAGCGGCGACUACAAGAACGCCCUGUUGAACCUGGUGGGCAGCGACUCUUGAAAGUUCAGACAAGAACAAAGCCAAGAAGCUGGAACCAUCUAGUUCUGCUUAUUCGACCUUGGUCACAGAUGGG